CUAAAUCAUUCAAAUUUACAGUUAAUCUUGAAUGAUUUUUUGUACAAAUUCAUGUGUUUCUUGUUCAUCUAACCACAGGUGAUGAUUGAUAUUGUUUUCACAUGAAUCGCCUUCUCGGAAUUCGACUAUGAAGCGAGUGCAUUGAAUGCACCCAAAAAAGUAGGUGCACUGAAUACGCCACCAACUAACAUAAUCUUGUUAACAACCGAAACAAUGAAAGAGUGAUGGGAGAGUUGAGGAAAAAGAAUUAAGUUUUGAUUUGGGUAGUCAUCCAAUUACAUUUCUACUAAAUAUUUUCUUGAGUUACUCUCACUAUUAUAGAUAGGUUACAAUUCAAUCAAUGUAUUUUUUAUAUGUGAAGAAAUUAUCCUAAUGGGGUGGGUAUAGGGCGGGAAGGCUAAAACCAUACCCGCCCCAUACCCAUCAAAGGUCGAUCGAAGUACCCACUGACUGGAAUCCAUCUAGACAUUAAAAGAAAAGAUUUUUGCUGGUUUUACCCAUACCCGACCCGUACCCGGUCAAAACGAGGAUUCCCCGCGUUGUCUGGGUCGGGGGCGAGCGGCUACCUGCGGUCAUGGAUUUUAUUGCCAUCCUUGUUGGUAUCAACAUAUUAUUUUGUUCAUAAAUUUUAAGUAGUUCAUAUCAUGUUAUUUCAUAGUAACUAGUAUCUAAACAAUCUAUGAUACAUUUCUCUUUUAAAUUAUAAGUAACACAUAUUUGCUCGCAUGCUCAAAGUUUAAACAUUGUAUGGGGUUAGAUGAUCUACAAUUUAACAAGCUCAUGAAUCAUCAAGAAGUCAACACAUAAGAUAUAGAUCAACCUUCUCAUAAGUGGGUAGUCGUGUUAACUCAUUAGCCACAAUGUUGAGACAUAUCCACCCCCUAUUACAUGAACAAGUUAAAACUACACUGAACAAGAACAAUUUGGUAUUUUCCCUGUUAAACUUGUACAAAAAACGGUUUUGUGUUGCCAUUUUGACCAAAAACUAAUUCGGACCGAAUCCCGCCCUUAUUAUACGAUGGACUUAAAUGACAAACAUCAGAAGUGCACUCAUCCAUCUUUUUAUCGAAUUAAUGCUAACGACGCAUCAUAAUCAGCCACGUGCCGAGUUUCCAUUAAUCAAAUUCAAAUGUUCAUUUAAGCCUUAACACUAUACAUUAGCCGUUAGGCUAUUUAAAUAGAAAACCCCAAUAGCGCAAAGGUUUGUGCCAGUCUCAUUUCCAACCCAUUCUCCGUUUCUCUUACAGGACUCGAUCUAGGAAUGCAACUAUAGAGUUCCAAGUUCCAACAAAGAAAUUGAUAAAAACGUGUAUUCUUUCUUUCCAAUUCUUAAGUAAUUACAGCCUUCACGUGACCCUAAUCAAGGGUACAAAAUGUUUAUUUAACACACUGGUCCGUACUACGAGUCAACAGACUUUUUGGAGUUGCUUUGCUUGGGGCCAAAGCUGGGAGUGCAACCCAAAUUGCAACACACCACUGGAAUGCUUUUCCUACCCUCUCUCUCCCUCUCUUAAAGCCAUAAACCCAAAACCCCUACAUUAUAGCUCUCGGAACUCCGCCUAAAAAUAGAACCGGGAACAAACAAGAGAAGAGAAGAGAAGAGAAGAAACCGCUCUCUCCCUUGGGUCCGCCGCCGUCGGCGUUGAUCAGACCUGGAUGCAAAAAGAGGAUCACGGCAGAGUGAAAAUUUUCGAAAUUUCUCUUGCAUGGCGUUCAACUCUCGAGCAAAGCCGCAUUCUUCCAGGAAGAGGAAGCCCCGGCAACUCAAAAACUUGUUUCUUCUCCGUGACAAAGUGGAGGUAAGAAGCAAAGAGGAAGGGUUUCUAGGCUCGUGGCACCAGGGAACCAUCAUUCAACGUCGAAGGAUCGGCUACCAAGUGAAAUUCGAUGUGAAGUAUGAUCAUUUAAUUGUCGAUGAUGGUUCUUCUGACAAUGUGGUUGCUUCCGUGGCUGUUUCACUUGUGGUGGUCUCUGAUCAGGAGACUACUACUACUACUCCUCGUGGGUACAUUAGGCCAUUGCCAAACCCAAUCGAGUUCGACCUGUGGAGGCUUCCUUUUGGGUUAUGUGUUGAUGUGUAUCACAAUGAUGGUUGGUGGGAAGGGGUGAUUUUCGACUAUGACGAUGGUUCGAAAGAGAGGAAAGUUUUCUUCCCUGACUUGGGUGAUGAAAUGAUGGCUCCUAUCUCUGCACUCAGAAUCACCCAGGACUGGGAUGAUGUCACUGAGAAGUGGGAUCGCCGAGGAAUGUGGCUGCUUCUUGAGUUGGUUGAGGAGUACAGAGACAAGCAUCAUUACCAUAUUCCGGUCUCCAUCCAACAAUUGUGGUAUGACUUGCAGGAGAAGCCCGGGUUCGUGAUGAUUCGAGAUUGGACUUGCUCUUCCAGAGCUAAAUGGGAAAGUUUGCUUUUCGAGGCAAUUCACGGGAAUCUUAAAAUCGUCGUGAAGCAUCUCUUUCAUGAGUUAACCCUUCCACAAGGUCUAGAGAAGGUAUUGGAGCUUGCUAAGUCGGGUGGUCAGGGUAGUAGUAGUUAUACGGACUCUGAAGGAAUCAUUGAUGAAGUACCAAUUGAUUUGUCACUAUUGUGCACUCUGGAUCAGGAGCAAGCAAAUGCAAUCAUACCCUCAAGCAUUGAGCAAGCAAAUGCGAUCAUACCCUCAAGCAUUGAGCAAGCAAAUGCAAUCAUACCCUCAAGCAUUGAGCAAGCAAUUUCUGCUUCUAGUUCCAGGAAAAUCAAAAGCUUCUGCUCAACUUCAUUCCGUCCGAGAAAAAAAUACACCUGGCUACCUGCAGGGCCAGAUAUGGUUCAAGGGGCAAAGUAUUGCCCGGAAGCUAUUUUCAAAUGUGUAAAACGUGGCCGUGCCACUGGCAGCAGAGACUCGGCUGAUGAGGCUAGGCAACAUCUUCUAUAUCUGAAAUGGAGGAUUAUGUACUACAAGGACGCAUAUAGCAUCAGAAAGCGUUACAUAUCGCCAACCGGCAAGUGUUUCGAUUCAGUUGUAACGGCAUGUCGGUAUUUGAUCAAGUCCGGGGGUGUGAAUCCUCAAUUGGUCUCCUCAGAACAUGAGCAAGCAUCAACCCUCCAUGACGAGGCUGCUGCAGCUUGUGGCUCUUUGUCUCCCCUUCAUGAACUGCAGCAGCAGGAUGAUGAUCAUCAUGGUUCUCGUAUCUCCGUUAAACGUCCCGAUUCCACUAGAGCAAUAGUGGAUUGGCUUAAGGAUCCUCGCAGAGGCGGAGGCAAGAAGAACCGUGCGACGAAAAAAGGAGCAAGGGAUAAGCUUGCGGCUAUGGGAUGGACGACUAAGGUAAUGAAACGUGGUGGCGGCAAGUGUCAGUGGGUAUAUAAGUCGCCGAUGGGGCGUCUUUACUACUCACUUGUAGAAGCUUGCAAAAGCAUUAUGGACAAUAAGAAGGAUAAAUCUGUUGUUGCUUCUAAACUUGCUAGAAAACAGAGCAAGACUACUACUAGAUGGGUUAGAAGAGGCCCGACAGAAAGAACAGAAGCUGAUUUGGGUAUUCAUAAGAAACCUGGUCAACCGACGUCACAUAUACGAUCAAGGAAACAAGCACGGCAGAUUCUAGAGCUUACACCUGCACAUACUCAUCCUAUGACCACGGUUUCAUGGCUAAUUGAUAAGAAUACAAUCUUGCCAAGGGAGAAAGUAUACUACCGUACGAGUAAGGAUGAUCAUCCCAGGGCAAAAGGGAAACUAACCCGGGAAGGGAUCAAAUGCGAAUGUUGUAUGAAGGUGUAUUCUCUCAGUAGUUUUGAACUUCAUGUAGGCAAUACAAACCACAGAAACUGCCAUGGACCAGCUAACAGCAUAUUUCUGGCUGAUGGAAGGUCUCUAUUAGAUUGUCAGGUGCAGGCGAUGCAUGCUGGAAAGGGGAGGAGGUGCUUAGCUGCAGGCCACCAAAAGAGAUUGAAGGUUAGUCGUGAAGCGGAGAAUGACGAGGUGUGUUCGUAUUGUCGGCAUGGAGGCAAACUAAUCUUAUGUGAUCAGUGUCCAUCCUCGUUUCAUGGUAGUUGCCUUGGUAUGAAAGAUGUUCCAAGUGGGGACUGGUUCUGCCCCUCGUGUUGUUGUAGGUUUUGCAAGCAAAACACAGCGCUCAAAGACAGUGAAAGCUUUGAGGAUGAUGGUGUUCUCAGAUGUACUCAAUGCGAGAAAAACUAUCACAUUGCAUGCCUGAAGAACAAUGGAGCAUGUGAUUUGGAUCUCGAUCAUAAAGGAAACUCAUUUUGUGGGAGUAGCUGUAGAAGGAUAUUCGAUAACCUCUCUGCCAUUCGUGGAGUACCGUUUCCGGUUGGUGUGGAUGACCUCACUUGGACAUUACUGAAAUCAGACUCUGGUGAUUCUAGCAUUGAAGCUAAAGCUCAGAGCUAUAUGAAACUUGGCAUUGCUCUUCAUAUCAUGCAUGAGUGUUUUGAGCCUCUUGAAGAAUCUCGCACACGGAGAGACAUUGUAAAUGAUGUCAUUUUCAAUGAAAGGUCAGAACUAAAACGCUUGGACUUUCAAGGCUUUUAUACAGUACUCAUUGAGAAAAAUGAGGAAGUAAUUAGCGUGGCAAAUUUGAGAAUCCUUGGGGAGAGUGUUGCAGAAGUACCUCUAGUUGCCACAAGGCAUCAGCAUCGUCGUCGUGGAAUGUGUCGCGUCAUAAUGAAUGUGAUUGAAGAGAAGCUAGCUGAGCUAGGAGUUGAGAGGCUGGUUCUACCCGCAGUUCCUAAUGUGUUGAACACAUGGACGGGUUCAUUUGGGUUUUCAGAGAUGGCUGAUUCCGAGAGACUCCAGUUUGCAGACUCCAUAUUCUUGAACUUUCCAGGCACUAUCAUGUGUCAGAAACUGUUGACUUCCAAUGAAUUAACCCCAUUGUUGGAGAAAGAAAUCCCACCAGAGAGCCAUCACAAUACCUGUGGGAAUGGUGAAGAAAUGGAGGUGGAGCUUGAUGGCUCAUCCAGCCUGGUAUCUGAAGUAUUUCAAGCGGAUGAAACAGCGCAGAUACAAGAAAUGGCGCCAACUGUUCACCCGCCACCAAUAGAAGAACACUGUUCACUGGAGACUGACUACUGCAGAUCUUGCUCAAGUUCCCCAACUUCAGUCGAGGAAAAAAGCCCCCCUGGUGGCUCUGAUUGUUUUAUCAAGUACUUUAGAAAGAACAAGAGGAAGAAAAACUUAGAAUUAUGAAUUAAUGUUAUUGCUGAUUGAAGAUGCCGGCUUUGGUGAACCCGCGACCUCAGCUGACUUGUAGCUGACUUUUGUUCUGAUUGCUUCGUCAGAUGACUCUGUAAUAGGGUUUGGUUUGCAGCAAAGUUUAACUUGAUAUUAUCAUCCUCAUUUUUCUUGUCAUAUUAUCAUCCUAAAUAUACUUCUGCAAAAUAU